AUGGAGCACCCGAGCGGGACGGUCCUGGAGGCGGCGGAGCCCCGAGCCGAGCGGCGGCCCUCGGGGAGCCGCAGAGUGGGCGGUAUUGUGAAACCUCGUCUGACCUAUAGCAGAGAGCUAGAAAUUAAAACUACCCUUCAGGAACUGCUAAUCUACAUCAUUUUCCUUACAGAUCUAUGUAUAUUGACAUUUGGCAUGGUGAACACAGACAUGUAUUACUUGAACAAAGUUAUGUCAAAUCUCUUUCUGGAAACUUCUGUGUCUGAGACAGAUAGAACUUCCUUCAAGAACAUAGGCAGCAUGGUUGAUUUCUGGAAGUUUGCAGAAGGACCCCUGCUUGAUGGUCUGUACUGGGACACAUGGUACAACAACAAGACAUUGACCAGCCACAAAAACAGCAGUCAUGUUUACUAUGAGAACUUACUUUUAGGAGUGGCCCAGAUUCGUCAGCUAAAAGUCCGCAACAACACGUGCGCCAUCUAUCCCUAUUUCCGAACAUUUCUGAAAGAGUGUUAUCGUGAAUACCGCUAUUUAGCUGAAGAUAAAGCUGAUUUUGGUCUAAAGAAUGGGUCUGUAUGGACGUAUUCCUCUGCCUCCUCAUUAGCCCCCUGGCACUGGGGAGCCAUUGGCCUUUACAGCGGCGGAGGAUUUAUGUUCACCUUACCUAAAUCAAGGAGUGAGAGCAUAAGGAAGCUUGCGUUUCUCAGACGUAACGGCUGGCUCACUAGAGGGACAAGAGUCGUAUUUAUUGACUUCUCAGUGUAUAAUGCCAACAUAAACCUCUUCUGUAUAGUCAGGUUGGUAGUGGAAUUCCCAGCCACUGGUGGUGCUCUUCCUUCUUCGCAGUUUUACUCAGUAAAGCUUCUCAGAUACGUCACUUAUUACGAUUAUUUCCUUGCCUCUUGUGAAGUCAUCUUUUGCCUCUUCAUCUUUGCUUUCAUCAUCCAAGAAAUUUUAAAAGUUAAAAAACUGAAAACGGAAUAUUUUAAAAGUGCCUGGAACUGGCUGGACAUGCUGUUGGUGUCGCUGUCUCUCUUUGCCAUUGCCUUCAAUAUGUACCGUACUAUAGAGGUGUCCUUGCUGAUGGAAAGCCUGCUCUCUAAUGCCUAUGUGUAUCCAGACUUUUAUUUCCUUGCAUACUGGCAAACCCGUUACAACAACAUGAUUGCUAUCAAUGUCUUCUUUGCAUGGAUAAAGAUAUUUAAGUUCAUAAGCUUUAACAAGACGAUGACUCAGCUGUCUUCCACUUUAUCCCGCUGUGCCAAAGACAUCAUCGGAUUUGCCAUCAUGUUUUUCAUCAUAUUCUUUGCAUAUGCACAGUUAGGCUACCUGGUCUUCGGGUCACAAGUUGAAGAGUUUUCCACUUUUCAGAACUGCAUUUUUACACAGUUUCGCAUAGUGCUGGGUGAUUUUAACUUUGCGAGCAUAGAGCAAGCCAACCGAAUUCUCGGCCCCAUUUACUUCAUUACCUUCGUGUUCUUUGUGUUCUUUGUAUUGCUGAACAUGUUCUUGGCUAUUAUUAAUGACACAUAUUCAGAAGUGAAAGCUGACUUUGCAGUGGCACCGAGUAAAGAAUUUGAGAUCAGUGACCUCAUUAGACAGAGUUACAAUAAAGCCCUUGUGAAACUCAAGCUGAAGAAAUCGAAGAUGGAGGAUUUGUAUCCGGCAGGUGGAAGCUUGCAAAGCAUGAAAACCAAGGGGCAUUCUGCCUCCAAAUCAGACGAUGCUUUGAAGCUUUCCAGAAGAUCUAGUGUGGACGAGAAGGGUUAUCUAAAGUCACCACAGCUACAGAAAUGGAAGGAGAAGCUUGACCAGAAGUAUCACUCUGCUGAGAAUAAGGAAUUGGCCGGGUCUCUUCAGGACCAAGUCUCUCCUCAGGAAUUUCAGCAACUUUUCAAAUACGCGACGGAACUGGAGAAACGACUAAACGAGGUUAACGCGAAGCUGAGCAGAGUUCUGAAAGGCAUGCCUGAUCCGAAAGGCUCUCCAGACAAGAAACAGAGAUAGUGAGCUGCAGAGAGACAAAUUGCACAAAACAAAUCCUAGAUUCUAAAGCUUUCCAAGCAUGCUGGCAACUGGCUCCUCACAGCUAGCUCUGAAAGAACACAGAU